AAGAGCCAACGCUGGAUCGCGCAGUGCAAUUCCAGCCAGCGAGGGAGAAAGAUGUGGAGGCGAGUGGUGUCUUGUUCGACCUCGGCUCAAUUCCAAGCCGUAGGCUCAUGCAGAUCUUCUCCAUCUCUCAACCUCACCCGUCGAUUUCUAAUCUCCUCAGCAUCCACGCCUUCCACUCCCCCGCCGUUUCAGCGAUCCCCCAAUCUCUCCUCCCCCGCCUCCGGUUUGAAGAAGGUUGAAGAUAUUAUGCCCAUUGCUACCGGUCACGAGCGCGAGGAACUUCAGGCUGAGCUUCAGGGGAGGGACAUUCUUGAGGUCAAUCAUCCAGUCGGUCCUUUUGGUACUAAGGAAGCACCUGCUAUAGUCAAGUCCUACUAUGACAGAAGAAUAGUUGGCUGCCCUGGUGUUGAAGGAGAGGAUGAGCAUGAUGUUGUGUGGUUUUGGCUGGAGAAAGGCAAGCCACAUGAAUGCCCUGUCUGUUCCCAAUAUUUCAAGCUGGAAGUUGUUGGCCCAGGAGGUCCUCCAGAUGGUCAUCAUUGAUCUAGCUGACAAGAUUUUUGCGGAAAUAAGAUUUUAAGUAAUGAGGAGGCAGUCUGUUAUACUGUGUAGCUUUAAUAAUUCUUCUUUUUUGGUCAUCCCUAGUUUCAGAGAUUGCUCUGCCGAUGUUUGAGUCGGCAAUAAUUUGGUUUCAUGAAAUUUUCAUUAGAUGGGGACAACUAGGUUCUCUGUAGCCUAGUUAUACAGAUCAAAUAAAGACGGCAACUUUCUUCUUUCUUUGGCUGAAA